GACAGUUAUUAGAGUUUGCGUUUGCAAAUUUUUAGGGCGAAAUUGUUCCAGCCAAAUUGAGUCUUUUGGACUGACUUUAAUUAUAUUUUAAUACUCAUCGCACAAAUAUGGAACCCUAUAAUCAGCCCGUUGUUAUUGACAAUGGCUCUGGCAUGAUCAAAGCUGGCUUUGCUGGAGAGCACAUUCCCAAGUGCCGUUUUCCAAAUUAUGUGGGUCGCCCAAAACAUGUUCGUGUGAUGGCGGGUGCAUUAGAAGGGGAUCUAUUUGUCGGUCCAAAGGCAGAAGAACAUCGCGGCCUUUUGAGUAUACGGUAUCCCAUGGAACAUGGCAUUGUCACGGACUGGAACGACAUGGAACAUAUAUGGGGAUACAUUUAUAGUAAGGAACAAUUAUCAACAUGUACCGAUGAACAUCCAGUAUUGUUAACGGAAGCUCCCUUGAAUCCACGCAGAAAUCGCGAAAAGGCAGCUGAAUUCUUUUUUGAAGGUAUUAAUGCGCCUGCUUUGUUUGUAUCAAUGCAAGCUGUUCUGAGUCUUUAUGCAACUGGUCGAGUUACAGGUGUUGUUCUAGACUCCGGCGAUGGUGUCACACAUGCCGUUCCUAUUUACGAGGGAUUUGCCAUGCCUCAUAGCAUUAUGCGAGUAGAUAUAGCUGGCCGGGAUGUGUCGCGUUAUCUAAAGACUCUAAUUCGUAAGGAGGGAUUUAACUUCCGCUCUACAGCAGAAUUCGAAAUUGUUCGUUCUAUUAAGGAGAAAGUUUGCUACUUGGCAACAAAUCCUCAAAAAGAAGAAUCUGUUGAAACUGAGAAAUUCUCCUAUACACUACCAGAUGGCAAAACAUUGGAGAUCGGCCAAGCUCGCUUUAGAGCUCCUGAAGUAUUAUUCAGACCUGACUUGUUGGGCGAAGAGUGUGAAGGCAUUCACGACGUUCUUAUGUAUGCCAUUGAAAAAUCCGACAUGGAUCUCAGAAAAAUGUUGUACCAAAAUAUUGUUCUAUCCGGUGGUUCUACACUAUUCAAAGGAUUUGGUGACCGCCUACUGUCUGAACUAAGAAAGCAUUCGGCUAAGGAUCUUAAAAUUAGAAUUGCUGCACCCCAAGAGCGCCUUUAUUCUACGUGGAUGGGAGGCUCCAUUUUGGCAUCACUGGAUACCUUCAAGAAAAUGUGGAUCUCAAAGAGAGAGUACGAGGAGGAAGGUCAGCGUGCUGUGCAUAAAAAGACUUUUUAGAGCAAUUCUACUCAACAUUAUUUAUUGUAAAAUGCUUGUAUUUUUAAUUUCUCACACAUAUAUUUGUAAUUUAUUUGCGUGUAUAAGACAGACUUAAGCGUAAAAUUACUUACCAAAUUAAUUUCAGAAGUCAUUAAAAAGUUAUACAACUAUAAAAAAAUGAUGCAAAAUUAUGUUGCUAAUAAAGAACUUUAAAUAUA